CUUACCCAAUAGAUAAAUGUUUUUACAGCUUUGAGUUUAAAGGGAACAGCAUCAGGAACUUAAAGUGUUGACUUCAUAAGAAUUUCUAACUCUUUUAGAAACUGUAUCCAACUAAAGUUAAUAAAACUUAAGACUGACACGCGAACUUUAAAAUACAUCAGUUUCAAAAACGGUUUUAACUCUGCUCAUUACAGUCCAAAGCCGUUUCAGGCUUUACUUUUACAUAUGUUUGUUUAACUCUUUACUGUUUAAACAGGCUUUAUGGUGCUAUGGAUCAGAAAAGCCACCUGUCCUCAGAGGAAGAAGUUGGAGAACCUUCAGUCAUCAUCAGUCAGGUUCUGCUGCGGUUCCAGCAUGCAAUCAUCCUGUGGUUUUCCAGGGCAAGGCGCAGACUCCUGCAGGGGUUCACUGUGUUCUCCACGGUGCUUCUGCUCCUCUGGAUCGCAGCGUUUUUGUACGGGACCUUCUACUACUCCUACAUGCCCAAAGCGGCUUUUUCUGCACCGGUGUACUAUUACUACAGGACAGACUGCGAAUUGUCAUCAGCUUUCUGGUGCUCUUAUCCUGUGGCCAACGUCUCUUUGAUGAGAAAUAGGAAAAAUGCGCUGACAUUUGGCCAGGUGUAUCGGAUGUAUUUGCAGCUGGAGAUGCCCGACUCACCAACCAAUCAUGAGGUGGGAAUGUUCAUGAUCAAAACGACAUGCUUCUCUCAGGAUGGAGGCCAAGUGGCUUCCUCUGCUCGCACUGCAAGCCAGCUGCAGAAGGCCUCCAGCUCUCGCUUUGGAAUGCUGAGGUACCGAUCUGACCUGCUGAACACUCUGGGAACGCUCCUCUUUCUCCCUGCAUUUCUGAGCGGAGCAGCCGAGCAGAAGCAGGUUGUAGAGGUGGAGCUCUUCUCAGAGUUCACAGACGACCCGUACGCUCCAUCGGUCAUGGCUGUCAUUGAGAUCCUGUCCAGCAAAGUCCAGAUCUACUCAUCCCAUCUGUUUGUGCACGCCCAUUUCACUGGCUUGAGAUAUUUGCUGUUCUACUACCCCGUCCUGUCAGCCCUUUUCGGUGUUGCGACUAACUUCACCUUCCUCAGCUUCAUCUUCCUCCUGAGCUACAUGGGGCAGCUGUUGAGGCUGCCUCAGAAACCAGAGCAGAUCACUGCAGAUGAACUCCAGCCACUGGAUGAAAAGGAUCUCAGUGCAGACGCUGCAGAGCGGCUGGGUCCUCUGCAAACUGAUCCAACAGACAUGAGUGGGGAAGAGCGCCACCUGGAGUGUUCCAACACAGACAUGCAGAACGGACACACAGAGGGUGAUGUGAACCAGUCUGAGGCAGCCUGAUGUGUUUAUUGAAAGAAAACUAUAGUCUGGAGAUUUAAGUAAAGAUUCAACAUUUUAGAGUCCCCUGUCAAUGUUUCAGCUCAGGCUUCAAAUGGGAGACCUGGAGACAAAGGAUGGAUGGAUGAGCUGAUGGAUGGAUGAAUUGAUUUAUGGUUGAAGGAACAAAUUAAAAUGGACAUGUGGGCGGAUAGAUGGAUGCAUGGUUGACUUGAUUUUCCUGACUGAAGGAACAAAACAAAAUGGAUGGGUGGAUAAAUGUUUUGUCAAACCUAAACAUGCAUGAAAUUGAGAAAGGAACUAGAUUACAGUUAAAAAAUAUCAAUAUUUUUAAUUCUCUGUUAUCCCAAACCUACCCAGAUUGCAUUAACUUUUAAAUCCCUUACCAGUGCAGGAACCCUGAGUUGUAACUGAACUUAAACUGUUGCCUCAGUUUCCACGUUGUUGUUGUUGUGUAUCACAAUAAAAAGGUUUUACUGCA